CUCCACGUGCUGCACCGAGCUGGUGGACAGAUGGGAGAGUAAACUACUGGCUGCAGGUUGUGAGGGGUCGGUCGAACUCGACGUCUCCCAGGAGUUCCCGGUCCUCACCGGAGACGUGAUCACCCGCACAUCGUUCGGUAGCAGCUUCACCGAAGGAAGAAGAAUCUUCGAGCUUCAAGUAGACCAGGCAAAGAGACUUAUGAAGCUCCUCCAGUAUUUGUACAUCCCGGGCUUCUUGUCCGUCUUCAGAGCAGAUAUUAAGGCUUCUACCUUGUCAGGCCACUCAGCCAUCGAUGCCACCAUGACGCCACACAGCCACCUCCUCCUGCGCGAGUUCAUCUACACGCAUCGGGCGCCAAGUCUCCGCUGUGCCACGCCGCUGAGAUCCGCCGUCUUUGAUGCGGAGGAGGAAACACCGCUCCACCUCUGGGCGCAUCAUCGGCCACCUGCCGCGCUGUCGUGCAAGUCCAGCUCCGGGAAAGCAUGCAGGAAAUCACGAUCUUCAAGACGACGCCCUCAGUAGGGGAAGCGACGUAUCAAGCCAUCGUCUGGUCUUGCACCGCAGGUCCUGGGCUUUCACCCGAAGAAAGGGACCCGAGAGCGGAGGAGGUCGGAGAGCUCCACAACGGCCCCCAGGAGGAGAGCGACAUCCGCAGACACCGCGCCGUCGGCUUUCGCCCGGAGCAACCCUAUUUUUUUGUGAAACACCGUCGAAACAUAAGUAUUGGAUCGAAUAUCGGGCUUCCAAGCAACCCCUAAGAGCAUCUCCAAUAGCUGCCCAAAAUAGGGCACUAAAAAACUAAUUGAGGGCACGAAAAAGUGAGUUUUAUUGCACCAGCUUUUUUUCUCUCUAACAACUGCCCUUAAAUAGGGCACUAGAAGUGCAUACAUGUUGAAAUAUAUUGAAACAAAUAAUACCAAACCAAAUGAAUCAAAAACAAACAAAACA